AUGGCACAAAACAAUCAGCUUGCUAGCUCCGAGGAGAACACUCCACCGACGCCGGUUUAUUAUCAACCGUCCAUGACUCAAGCACUGCCACCACUAACUCCUGCAGGCGCACCCCCGGUACACUCGGGAGAAAUCCCGCCACCAGUCCCAACAUCGGAAGCCCAAGCACCGUCCACCUCUACAGAGGAUGCGGCCCGCAUCGUCGCACUGGAAGGCGAUAUCUCCACAUUAAGGGGCACGGUCAAUCAGAUGGCUGCCGACAUGGCCGAGCUCAUGGCCCUACUCAGAGCUCCAAACCGCACCUCCUCGAACUCUACUCCGCCUCCGGGGUACGGGCCAACAGUCGACCCAAACCCUUGGGUCCCGCCGACCCAUGCUCCGGAAGGUAUUGAAGCGCCUGCGAUACACGCACCGGCGGGUCUCCCAGCCAACGUCCCUCCGUCAUCGGUGACUCUCCCGGCAGCCAUUCCUCUUCCACCGUCGAACCCGACUACUCUAGUACCGCCGCCGAUGUCCAUACCGAUUCCGGCACCGGUUUACGCGGCUCCUCCGCCGAUGGUCUUCCCGGCACUGAGCCCCCACGCUCCUACUCACACAGCCGAGCCUGUCCCAUUCCAAGCUCCACAACCCCACAUCAGCCUUUCUUACCCAACUCUACCUCCCCUAAACAUUCCCAUCCCUGAACCGGGCACGCCAACCCAGGCUGUCCCCAUAGCUCCACCGACAAACUUUCUCCCGGAAAUGGGGACUGAGCAGGAGCAGAGAUUGAAGAAGAUGGAAGAGAACAUCAAAGCCUUACAAUCAGGUGGUCCUCGCCUCGAUGCCGGCGAUUGCGAUUGGAGUCUUUUUCCGGGUAUGCGGCUACCCCCGAAGAUUAAGGUGCCUGAAUUCCAAAGGUACCAUGGCACUACCGACCCCCGUCACCAUCUCCGUCACUACAGGGGAAAGAUGCUGCAGUACUGGGACUACGAAGAGUUCGUCAUCCACACGUUCCAGGACAGUUUGGCGGGAGCGGCUCUUGAUUGGUACAUGUCACUGAAAGCCGCGGAUAUCCCUACAUGGACGGACCUUUCGGGCAAAUUCAUCGACCAGUACAAGUACUGUGCAGAAACGCCCCCGACCCUGUUGGAGCUCAGUACAAUGGAGAUGGCCGAGGAUCAGGGCUUCGAGGCCUACGCAGUAAAGUGGAGGGCUAGAGCGGCGAAACAUGUCCCCCCGAUCAGUGAGGCGCAGCAGAUCCAAUUAUUCCACUCUACCCUCAAAGGGGCCUACUACUUGCACCUGUUGGCUCACACGUCUUCGUUCUCCAACCUUAUCGACGCCGGGAAGAGGCUUGAUAUCGGCGUUAAGCUCGGCAAGAUAGAAGGACCGGCCGAGAAGAAAGAGGGAGAGUCCUCGAAGAAGGUUGCUACUGGGACACCCUCCGCGGGAAACAGGAGAGGAAAAGACGCGUCCGUCAAUGCUGUUAACUCAGGGCGCCAAGCCCCCCAACAGUAUUCCAUCAAUUACACGCCCGCACCACCGACCACUCAGGCGUAUGCCCCACCUCCGGUGCAUUAUCAGCAGCAACUCCCAGCGCAACAAGUAUAUUAUUCCGCCCCGCCGGCCUCCUUUCCGUUGCCGGCCCCGCACAAUUACGUCCCUAUUCCCCCUCCGAUCCAACAAAGCAGGCCUCCGGCUUCGAGAACUCCUCAGCCGGUGCAACGGGCUCCGGCCCCGCAGGACCAACAAAGCACUGCGCCGCGGCGCAGACAAUUCACACCCCUUCCGGCCCCGCUCUCCCACAUAUACCGGCAACUCCUCGCAGGCAAUAGGAUUAAAUCAGUAGCGCCUAACCCCGAUUUCGACCCCACCAUUCAGGAUCAGAGUCGGCACUGCGAGUACCAUCAGGGCGCACCCGGUCACACCACCGACGAUUGUUGGAAGCUGCGGGAGAAGAUCCAAGCUAUGAUUGAUGGCAAACAACUCACGUUCAACGCCGUCAAACCUCCGAACGUGCAAGUUAAUCCUCUCCCCGAUCACGGGUCAAGCUCGGGACCCAGCAUUAACAUGAUCAGUGUUUGCGCCAUAGGGGAGUACGAGACCGGGCAGGAGCCAUCCGCCCCGUUCGUAAUCGAAUAUGUGCCUGCGGAAACCGGUAUAGGGUACGCGGGGUUUGAUGCCACGCCCGCCCCAUUCGUGAUAGAUGUCCCCGCACGAGAGCCAUAUCAAGAUAGCAAGGUUCCGUGGACCUACGAAGGGAGUGUCGGGAACCUCGAGCGUCAAUUCAGCGUCAUGGGCGUGACGCGCUCGGGACGAGUGUAUGAAAACCCGGAGGUCGCGAACAAAGGAAAGGCGCCUGCUGCGACAUUAGGAAUCGCCCCGGAAGCUACGCCGAUCCCACAAAAGAAGGUGACCGAAGAGGAAGCCGAGGCUUUUAUGAAGAUCAUCAAGGCAAGCGAGUAUAAGGUUGUUGAACAAAUGGGCAAGUCUCCGGCCCACAUUUCACUACUCGCCCUUCUCUUAAGUUCGGAGCCACAUCGUGAAGCGCUCCUGAAGGUCCUGACGGCGGCACAGGUCCCCAAGGAGACGGCUCCAGAUCUCAUUGAAGAAACCGUUGGCCGGGUCAUGAUCGACAAUGGUUCGGCUCUCAAUGUAUGCCCUGUUUCCACCCUGAAGCAGAUGAAUGUGGAUCUGAAUCGUAUUCGUCCAAGCAAGACAGCGGUUCGAGCCUUCGAUGGCUCGCGGAGAGAGGUGAACGGAGAGAUCGACCUUCUGAUCGAGGUAGGUCCAUGUUCAUUCAAUGUCACUUUUCAGGUGCUCGACAUCCCCAAUGCCUUCAGCUUGCUGCUCGGGAGGCCAUGGAUCCAUUUUGCGGGCGCAGUCCCCUCCACCUUGCACCAAAAGCUUAAGUUCAUCGUGGAAGAGCGACUCAUCACGGUCAAAGGUGAGGAGGACUAUGCGAUUUAUAAGGAGACGGUUGUCCCCUAUAUCAGUAUUGGGGACGAUCAGAACCUCCCCUUCCAUUCGUUCGACACCAUCUCCGUCAUCCGAGGCUACGGAAAGGCCGGUCCGUCCCGCGCCGACCGCAUGGUGGGGAAGAUCUUGCUGCGCCAUAAUUACAUUCCGGGUUCCGGACUCGGAGCACGUGGGCAAGGGAUCAACCGCCCAAUCGAGAUCGAAGAGUACAAGAACAGGAGGGGACUCGGUUUUCGCCUUUCCUGCCACGAGAUUAUUGAAGCCCGUAGAGGCAAGCGCCUCCACCGUCUCGCAGCGUACUACGGGAAGAUCAACAGGGGCACCCCAGUUCCGCCACUCUCCCACUUCUUUUCAGGAUCACAGCACAUCGUCGGAGGUACUCUUGACGGCCCCUCCUCGGAUUUAGACGACGCGCUUGUCGAUCUGCCAGGCAUAUACGCCGUCACCGAGGAGACUCCUUCAGGGGUCUACAUCCGCCUCGCGCAGGAGAAUGAGGAGCUCAACAACUGGACCUCAAGAACUUCCCGCCCAAACGGCAACACCUACGGCGGCAGCGAGCCGGCCUUCUCUUCCGCAUCAAGGAGGAGGUCGUCAAGCAGAUAA